CAGUAACGUUAGCUUUAUUUUCAAAAUACAAAGCAGAAACAAUUGAAACGAAAAUGUGUGGCAUUUUUAAACUUUUACAGUAAAAGCUGUUUUUGAUUUUAAUAGUCACGAAGGUAUAGAAUAUUGAAUGGAUUGAGUGCAUAAAUAACAAACUGGAAGUUUUUAUAUAGAACAGUCAAUCGUUAUAAAAAGUCAGUUGUUUAGCCUACCAAAAAAAAAUUAAAUGCAUGCAAAAUGAUAACCACUGAAGUUGAACUUCAAAAAAGAAAAAAGAAGAAAGAACACAACUCUUUAUUUAUAUUUGGCCCAAGAAACAAGUUUCGUUUGCUGGUCAUUCGGAUCACAGAAUCAAAAUAUUUUGAAUGGUUUAUAUUACUUGCUAUUGUUUCUGCGUCAGUUAUUAUGGCAUUGGAUGCUCCCCUUCCUUUCCACGACAAAUCUCAAAUGAAUUUGUUUGCUGACAAAACAGAACUCUAUUUUUUUGCAGUAUUUGUGCUGGAAGCAAUUCUAAAAAUUAUUGGAAUGGGAUUCAUAUUGCAUGAAAAUUCGUACUUGAGAUCUGUAUGGAAUAUUAUCGAUUUUAUUGUGAUUAUUUUAAGUAUUCUGUCUUUACCUGGUAUUCUACCUGGAGUUAGCGAAGUAAACGUUAAAGGUUUGCGUGUAAUUCGUGUUCUUCAUCCACUUAAAUUUGUCAGUGGCUUUCAAAGUCUUCAUGUUGUCAUGACAGCAAUUGCAAGAGCAAUUGUUCCUCUUUUACAAGUUUUGUUUCUAAUAGUGUUUGUUAUAAGUAUAUAUGCUAUUAUUGGCUUAGAAUUUAUGGCUGAUAGAUUUCACUUUAGCUGCAAAAACAAAAUUAAUGGAUCAUUUAGUUUAUCUAAUGAUGGUACCUACAGAGCAUGUGACAGUAUGAUUAAUGAAUACUUUUUUGUUCAUGGUAAUGAAUGUUCUAGUAAUGAAACUUGUUCCAGAUUUACUCCUGGUGUUAACCAAGGGAUUUCAUCUUUUGAUAACAUAUUUUAUUCAAUGCUUACUGUAUUCCAAUGUGUUACAUUAGAAGGAUGGGCUGAUAUUAUGUAUUAUACACAAGAUGUAAUGGACUUAGUUGGCAUUAUUUGGAAUACAUAUUAUGUAACUUUAAUUUUGAUUGGUUCAUUUUUUAUGUUACAUCUGGUACUUGGUGUACUUAGCAGUGAAUUUGCUAAAGAACGAGAAAAGGUCGAAAAUAGGCAAUCAUUUUUCAAGUUGCGGGAAGACCAACAAUGUCAAAAAAUUUCUGAUUUUUACUUAGAAUGGAUUUCUAGAGGAGAAGAUCUGACCAUUAUUAGUGAAAAUACAAAAGAGUCUCAAAAAGAAACUUCGUUAAGUAGCAUUAUUUCUAAUCCAGCUGUUGUUCUUUCCUCUUUGAAUUUACAACUGCAUAUAAAAAGUUACCAUUCCAAAUCGGUUAUUUCAUUCCAUAUAAAGCACUUGCGACUUAAACUACGCAAUUUUAUCAAGCGUAACAUUUUUUUUUGGUUUGUUGUGGCCAUGGUUUCAAUAAACACUUUUAUCUUAGCAACAUAUCAUUAUAAACAACCGAUUUGGCUAACAGACAUUCAAAAAUUAGCUGAAAAAAUUUUUACAGUAUUUUUCAUUCUUGAAAUGCUGUUAAAGGUUUUUGCAUUGUCAUUUCAUGGAUAUUGCAAAUCAAGAUUUAAUGUAUUUGAAUUAAUUGUAGUGAUACUAAGUAUAUUUGAUAUAACAACAAGACUUGGUGCUGGUGUUAGUGUACUGCAAUGUCUGAGGUUGCUAAGGGUUUUUAAAGUUACAAAAUAUUGGUCAAGACUGCGUAAUCUAGUUGCAUCGUUUAUGAAUGCUGUAAAUUCAAUCCUCAGCCUUUUGUUUCUCCUUCUUUUGUAUAUACUAAUCAAUGCUCUUCUUGGAAUGCAACUUUUUGGUGGAAAAUUUGAUACAUUUACAAGGGAUAAAUCAAGGGCAAAUUUUGACAGUUUUCCUGACUCAUUGCUGGCUGUAUUCCAGGUAAUUACUGGAGAAGACUGGAAUUCAGUUAUGUACUCUGGAAUGUUGGCAUAUGGUGCUCCAAACACAGUUCUUGGCAUUUUAGUUUCACUUUAUUUUUUACUGCUUGUUGUUUUUGGAAACUAUACCUUACUUAAUGUGUUCUUGGCAAUUGCUGUUGAUAAUCUAGCAAAUGCUGACAUUUUAACUCAAGAUGAAAGCGAGUUGGAAAAUAGAGGUAUGAGUACAAGCACAUUAAGUAAUGGCGCACCCACAGUUGAAGAAGAAGCAUUAUCAGUUAAUAAUAUUCAGUCAAAAAAAAGUGAAGACACACAAGCUGUAGUUAACGAAUCACCAUUUUUAACAUCUUUGUCAGAUGUGAAACCAAUUGAUUUGAAAAUUAAAGUUGACGGUGUAAGUAAUGGAAAUAAUACACUACCUUUAAAUUCCAAUAGACGUCAAUCUUCAUUUGGAAAUAUUGGAGACAAUACUUUAUCUAUAGAUCUUAAUAGAAGACAAUCAUCAUUUGGAGAUAACUUAUUACCUUUGUAUUUCAAUAGACGCAAAUCAUCCCUUAGUUCCGUAGGGAAAUUCCAGCUUACUUUGGCUGAUGCUAUUGAAUCAGAUGGAAAAUUUAACUUAAAAUCUGUAAAAAAGUAUAAGAAAAAUGUUCAAAAACAGUGGCUGCAAAUAGUUGAUCAAAAUACUUCAUCAAAAUUAAAUUUAAACGUUGAUGAUAUUUUGAAUAAAAUCAAUCUAAAAAAAAACACAGACUUUUAUGAUUUGAAUGCUAACAACAAAUCUCUAGACAUUAAUCAAAAUGGUGGAUGUAACGGAUUAGCAGAAAGCGCAGAAGAGGACAGUGUUGAAAAGAUGAUUCAAAGUAAAGGUUUUUUAAGCAUGCUAAAAGUCAAUGUUGCACAGCGUAAACGAAUAAACAUGCAACCUCCUGUCCAAAAUGUUAGAUCACUUUUUAUCUUUUCUCCUACAAACAGGUUUCGUGUGUUAUGUCACAAGAUAGUUUAUUCUCGAUAUUUUGAUCCUUUUAUGGUUAUAAUGAUAGUAUUAAGUUCUCUGGUACUUUGUAUUCAAGAUCCAGUAAAUGAUAACAAUUCUAUUAAUUUAACAAAAAAAUAUUGUGAUUAUGUUUUUACAUUUAUAUUUGGAAUUGAAGUAAUCUUAAAGGUAAUAGACGAUGGAUUUAUUUUACACAAAGGAGCUUAUAUACGCAAUCCAUGGAAUAAACUUGAUGCUUUGAUUUUUGUGUGUAAUUUGUCAUCAGUAAUUUUCUCAAUCACAUUACAAAAUGACAAAUCAACUAGUUCAGCCUCAGCAUUUCUGCGGUAUUUUACAUUGCUGCGACCAAUCAAAGCUAUCCAAAAAGUAAAGAAACUAAAAAUUGUUUUUCAAUGCAUGGUUUACUCAUUAAAAAAUGUUGCAUUUGUUUUGAUUAUUACACUUCUGAUGUUGUUUAUCUUUGCUUGUAUUGGAGUGCAGCUUUUUCAGGGAAAACUUUACCAUUGUACUGACUCAAGUAAAAGUAAUGAAGUAGAUUGCAAAGGCAAUUAUUAUGAGUUUUCAAAUUCUGAAACUGACAACAUAAUAAAAACUAUAAAAAAGGUAAAUAAAAGGGAUUGGACUAAUGAUAAUUCAAAUUUUGACAACAUUUUAAGUGCAGCUAUAACACUAUAUAUAUGCUCAACAGAAGAUAAUUGGCCAAGCACAAUGUAUCGUGCAAUUGAUACUGCUGUUGACAUGAACAGAAAAGUUUAUGCUGCAAUUUAUUUUGUGACGUUUAUUGUUUUAUUUACAUUCAUGAUUAUCAACAUAUACAUUGCACUGAUUAUAUUAACGUUUCAAAAACAAGGAGAAAAAGAGAUACAAGCUGGUCUUGAUAGGAACCAAUGUGACUGUUUACAUUUUGUCCUUAAUGCAAAGCCUCGUCAGCGUUACAAACCAAAAGAUGAAAACUCAAUUUCUUUUCACAUAUGGAUGAUUGUGGAAUCUCGCCCUUUCGACUACUUUAUUAUGUCUCUAAUUAUUCUAAACUGCUUACAGAUGAUGAUGAAGUUUAAUGGAUCAUCUCAACAAUACAAAACGCUCAUGUUUUCUUUAAAUGUUGGUUUCUCCAUCAUGUUCUCUAUAGAAGUUGCUUUAAAGGUUUUUGCAUACAGAUGGAAUUAUUUCAAAAACUUGUGGAAUUUAUUUGACUUAUUUGUCAUACUAGGAGGUUUUUUGGAUAUUAUUUUGACAUUGAAAAAGACAAAGUUGUUGGAUCCAAGUAUGUUUCGCUUAUUUAGAGCUCUUCGUGCUAUAAAGCUUCUUCGAAAAGGAACUAACAUUCGUAUCAUGCUAUGGACAUUUCUUAGAUCAAUAAGAGCUCUACCUUAUAUAACUGGGUUAAUUUUGCUUAUGUCUUAUGUAUAUGCAAUACUUGGGAUGGAGUUAUUUGCUAAAAUUGAACUUGAUGGGUCAAAUUUUCAUGCUAAAAAUAAUUUUCGUAAUAUUUACAAUUCGUUAUUACUUCUAUUUAGGUGUUCCACUGGAGAAAAUUGGAGCUCUUUGAUGUAUGCUUGUUAUAAUUCAGCAAAAUGUGAAAAAACAUAUUUUGAUAGUACUGGGACUAAACAUUGUGGUAACACGGUGGCAGCUGUACUAUAUUUUACAACAUACAUGUUUUUUUGCAUGUUUCUUCUUUUAAAUUUGUUUGUUGCUGUAAUAAUGGACAACUUUGAAUAUUUGACUCGUGACAGUUCUAUACUUGGUCCUCAUCAUAUGGAUGAAUUUGUUAGAUGUUGGUCUCAAUUUGAUCCUCAAGCUACAGGCAGAAUAUUCCACAGUGAGUUAUAUGAACUGAUGUGUUCGCUACAACCCCCAGUUGGAUUUGGUCGUAAUUGCCCAAAAAUAUUUGCUUAUAAGCGCCUUAUUCAAAUGAAUAUGCCAAUGGAUCCUGAUGGGACUGUUUCUUUCUAUACUACAUUAAUUUCACUUAUUCGACUUGGUUUGGACUUUUACACCAAAGGUAACAGCUAUGAGAAAGAUAAGGAGUUAAAAAAAAUUAUCAAAACUAUAUGGCCAACAAUGGAAGCAAAGUCUAUUAAUAAAUUUUUCCCAAAGCCAACAAAUGACAGCCAAUUGACUGUUGGAAAGAUAUAUUGCAUGAAGCUGUUUGUCUAUAACUAUCGGAAAUCUAAAGGGCAAAUUAUUGAGUCAUCUUGCAUACCAGUUGCUACACCUACUGUAAUGCAGCGUAUCCAAGCUAUCCUUCCUAAUCUAAAGAAUCGCAAGCUAUCAAACCUCAAUAUAUCUGUUGAUUCUCAACAGGAGAUAAAAGUUAAGAGAAAUCUUACUUUCUCAGGAGCCAAAAUUCAAAAUGAAUAUCAAUCGAGCAACAUUACUAAAAAAGAACUAUCUCGAAAACAUUUUUCAUUGGGUAAUCUUUUUUUGGUCAAUUCUACAAAUCAAAACUCAGCAACAGCAUCAAUAAGAUCAGACUUGUUGGAACAGUAAAAGACAUCGUGGUGAAGUCAAAUGUUAAAUAGAAAAUUUUUUCAGUGAAAACAUUUGAAAGAAUUGUGCUGCGCUUUUCGACUAUCAUAUCCAAAUACAGAUGUCAUAAUAAGGCAUAUACGUCUGAUUGAAUUCGAACAGCUUGAAACGUUGAAAGGAAUAAAAUUAUUUUAAUUUUUCAGCAGUAAAUAAUUUCAUGGAACUUUUUGUAAAUUCAAUUUAACAAAUUGCUAAAAAUGUACCGGCUGCAGAAUAUUAGAAACAUGACAAUCAAAUAAAAAAAGUUUUGUAAAA